GUCGAUGCUCUCAUCAUCAUCAAUCAUCACCGAAACUUCACUACGCAAAGCUCGCGCUCUCAGACUUCACUUUGAAACGAUCGUUGUCGAGAUGGUGUGGUCGAGCACUUUGAUGGCGUCCCUGAAAGCCCUGCUCGUGUCGGCCGGCGCAGUGUCCAUCACCGUCGCCCUCAGAGCCUCUGUUCCAUCGAACUCCGACCGUCUGGCGGCGCUCCUCUCGUGGUUCAGGCCUCCGUACCUCUUCGUCAUCGUCAACGGCAUCAUCGUCGCCAUCGCCGCCACCUCCAGGUGCUUCCGCCACCCGCAACCGGAGGCCGCCGCCGCCCCACGGAGGAUCGCUGUCGUGGAGGAGAUCCAGGUCGUCGAGGCACCGGCGCCGGCGUUCGAUGAGUUCAAGGAUUUCGAGGAGAAGAGAGUGGUGGUGGUGGUGGAAGGGAAUGGGGCGGGAUUCGGUGGCGGAGAUGGAUAUAACGGUGACUGCGAAGGGGAGAGGAAGGUGGCGUUCGGGAGGUCCGCAUCGGCGCCGCGGAAGCAGGUGGACUCGUCGGAGAAAGCUCUGGUUUCGCCGAGGCUCGUCCGCCGGAAGGCCGCCAACGGCGACCGCCUUCAAGGGGGCAAAAUUUUGAGAAAACCAUUGAGGAGAUCUAACGAGAGCAUGGAGAAUGUAUGGAAAGCGAUAGUCGAGGCAGGUGGGGCGAAGUCUACUACAACUUGGCCGGUGAAAGCAGACGACACUGACUGUCAGAUCAGCUUGCUGGGGUCGCCGCCGCCGUCUUCGAUGCAGAAAUCAGCGACGUUUAGGGAUCGCACCAACCAGCUGAGGAAGGAGAUGAGCCCGGACGAGCUCAAUCGCCGGGCUGAGGCUUUCAUCAACAGGUUCAACGAAGAAAUGAGGCUACAGAGACAAGAGUCGUUAAAUCAAUUCAAGGAGAUGAUCAGCCGUGGAACGUAGGGCCGGAGAAUUCGCCAAAGGAGUGGGCAAAGUGAAAGGUUUGACAAGGAAAAUGGAUUUCUUUUUUUCUUUUUUUUGUGAAAACAUAGUGGGAGGAAAUGAUGAUUUUUAUUUUCAUUUUCCCCUGGGACCUAAGUUUGUGAAAAUUAUUUCUAAGAGUCGUACUAUAGUUAGGUCCAAAAACAGCUGUAAUUUUUUGUUUGUUCUUUGGAUGCCAUAUAUUUUUUUAAGGGCCUUUUGUGGGUUGAUGCAAGUUCUUGUACAGGAAAGAUAGAAAUACCAGAUAUGUUGAUUCAAUGUUGAAAUGGAAAAGGAAUAUUUUUACUUUCUUUA